UUGAUAACCGGUUUCAUACGUGUUUCCUGCCUGUAAAAUGGCGUCUACUGUCGUUGGUGUGUUACUUGCAUGUUUGGCACUUUGUAAUGCAUCGGUGCCAGGAAAAAGGACCUUAGUGUUAGUUGAUAACUGGUCUGUUCGUGAAACGCAUUCAAUCUUUUUCAAGUCGUUAAGAGAUCUUGGCUUUGAUUUGUCCUUCAAAACUGCUGAUGAUGCUGGACUAGCUCUGGUAAAAUAUGGAGAGUUUCUGUAUGACAAUCUUGUCCUGUUUUCACCAUCUGUUGAAGAGUUUGGGGGAUCUAUCGAUGUGUCAGCCAUAACCAACUUCAUUGAUGGUGGUGGAAAUGUCCUUAUUGCUGCUAGCUCUUCCAUUGGCGAUCCUGUGAGAGAAUUGGCCACUGAGUGUGGUGUUGAAUUUGAUGAAGAAAACAGUGCGGUCAUUGAUCACCUGAACUAUGAUGUUAAUGAUGGUGGGAAGCACACACUGAUUGUAGCUGACCCUGAGAACCUGAUGAAAGCUCCUAUGAUUGUUGGAGAAAAGAACACAUCUCCUUUCUUGUUUAGAGGUGUAGGGAUGGUGAGUGACCCUGACAAUCCUCUGGUAUUGAGUUUACUGAGAGCUUCCUCAACAGCUUACUCUUACAAACCCAAUGAGAAAAUUGAUGAGUUCCCUAUGGCUGUAGGCAGUAGCACACUGCUGGUAGCUGCUCUUCAAGCUCGCAACAAUGCCAGAGUUGUCUUUGUUGGUUCCCUGGACUUCUUCAGUGAUGAGUUCUUCCAGGCUAGUGUUCAGAAGUCCAGUGGGGGCAAGAAGUUUGAGAAGUCUGGGAAUGAGGCUUUAGCUCUUAACCUUGCACGUUGGGCCUUCAAGGACAAGGGUGUUCUUAGAGUUGGUAAAGUUGCUCACCACCUAGAGGGAGAGAAAACACCACCCCAGUCCUACACUGUCAUGCAGCAAGUGGAAUAUUCCAUUGUGAUUGAAGAACUGAACAAUGGCAAGUGGGAGCCAUUCAAGGCUGAUGAUGUUCAACUUGAGUUUGUUCGCAUUGAUCCAUUUGUUCGCACAACCCUGAAACCCAAAAGUGGAAUCUUUAGCACCAACUUCAAGCUGCCUGAUGUCUAUGGUGUGUACCAGUUCAAGGUAGACUACAACAGGGUGGGGUACACCCGGCUCUACAGUGCUACACAGGUGUCUGUGCGACCAUUAGAGCACACACAGUAUGAGAGGUUUAUACUUUCAGCUUACCCCUACUACGCCAGUGCAUUUUCAAUGAUGGUGGGCGUCUUCUUGCUCAGCCUUGUCUUUUUACAUUACAAGGACGAAAUUAAAGACAAGAAGGAAUAGACGUAGGGACCAGAAACAUUUUUAGUGUUUUAUGUUAGAUUUUAUUUUUUUAAAUACAUGAAUGUUGUCCACAAUUAUUUAUAUAAAGACCAUUAAUUACUGAAAACUAAAUCCAUUUGUUUCUGUUUUAUUAAAUAUUUCUUAAAUU